AUGGGGAUUUCUUGUCGAUUACUCCAAAAUGCGUCUCCCGAGGUGGGAGCACAGAACGCUGAAUGCUACUUUUUUAUCCUCUCACGCCAGUCCGAUCCCGAUUCUUCCAAUCUUGCUCGCCUCGCCAAUGUUGUUCGAGAUAACACAUCGUCUCCCGUUCCCUCCGAGACACAGCCCCCAGGCGUUUCUUUAGCCCACCUUUCUACCGCCUUUGCUGCAGGUUUUGCUCUGGGUGCGGUAGUUGGUCUGUUCAGUGCAGAUGUUCUAUUUGCCUCCCACCGUCUCCGUAGUCGAACUCACAGCAAUCAUCUGCAAGAGCAGGUGGAUAAAAUUCGACGUGAUCUGGAUCAGCUGCGCUCCAUUGGACGCCCCAGUCCUGUUGCCUUUGAGGUCUAUUUAGAUGAUGAAGUUGCUGGAGGCGACGAUGAUGAAUUUUUCGAUGUGACUAGUGGGCUGAGCGGGUGA